CCGGGAUGGCGGCCGUUUUGGAGUCGCUGCUGCGAGAGGAGGUGUCGGUCGCAGCCGCGGUGAGGUGGAUCGCGCGCAGCGCCCAGAGUUCGGAGGAUGACCCCGGGGAGGCGGCCGCGCUGAGCUCCCUCCGGCCACUGCGGAAGGAAUUCGUGCCAUUCCUGCUGAACUUCCUGAGGGAGCAGAGCAGCCGCGUCCUCCCUCAGGGCCCCCCAACCCCCGCCAAGGCCCCGGGCUCCUCGGCAGCUCUGCCUGGGAGGCCCGGGGGCCCGCCGCGGGGCGGCCGCGGGGCGCGCAGCCAGCUCUUCCCUCCGACGGAGCCUUCCAGCACCGCCGCCGCCGAGGCCCCUUCGGCCCGCCGCGGGGGCAGGAGGCGGGGCCCGGGGCCGGGUCGCGAGCGGGGAGGCCGCGGCCCCGGGGGCCUGGAGGAGGGGGUCAGCGGAGAGAGUUCGCCUUGGCCCGGGGGCCGGAGGCCCAGGGGAUCUGGCAGCCCCGGCAGCCCCAGCCUCGCGCGCUCUGAUCCGCCAAACCUCAGCAACCUGGAGGAGUUCCCUCCCGUAGGCUCGGUUCCCCCCGGCCCUGCAGGCAGGACGAAGCCUUCGCGCAGGAUCAAUCCAACUCCGGUGAGCGAAGAGCGGUCACUGUCCAAGCCCAAGACCUGCUUCACCUCACCCCCAAUCAACUGUGUCCCCAGUUCCCAACCCUCAGUCCCGGACACUAGCCCUUGGGGCCAUGGCCUUCCCCCAGGGUGCAGAAGUCUGCAAGAGGAACGGGAGAUGCUCAGGAAGGAGCGCUCUAAGCAGCUGCAGCAGUCACCUACUCCCGCCUGUCCCACCUCAGAAUCGGGGUCUCCCCUCCCCAGCCGGACAGGUAACCUCACAGCUGAGCCCGCUGACCCUGCCAGAGUGUCUUCCCGCCAGCGCCUAGAGCUGAUAGCCCUCAUCUACUCUUCAUGCAUCACAGAGAACCUGGUACCAAACCUCUUCUUGGAACUUUUCUUCGUCCUUCAACUCCUUACUGCUCGGAGGAUGGUGGCCACGAAGGAGAGUGACCUUGAACCGAUUCCGGGAGCACUAGAUUCCCUGGAAAGCCCUCUGUUCCAGAGUGUCCAUGAUUGUGUCUUCUUUGCAGUACAGGUUUUGGAGCAUCAGUUUCAGGUUCUUUCCUACUUGGACAAAGGGACCUUAAAACUGUUGGCUGAGAAUGAGCGGCUGCUGUGCUUUUCACCAGCUCUGCAAGGCCGCCUCCGAGCUGCCUAUGAGGGCAGUGUUGCCAAGGUCUCUCUGGCGAUGCCACCGUCUGCUCAAGCUGUCUCCUUUCAGCCAGAAACUGACAAUCGUGCCAACUUCUCCAGUGACCGAGCCUUUCAUACUUUUAAAAAACAAAGGGAUGUGUUUUUUGAGGUGCUUCGAGAGUGGGAAGAUCGGCAUGAGGAGCCUGGCUGGGAUUUUGAGAAGGGCUUGGGCAGCAGGAUCAGAGCCAUGAUGGGUCAGCUCUCUGCAGCCUGCAGCCACAGCCAUUUCGUUCGGCUUUUCCAGAAACAACUUCUCCAGAUGUGUCAGAGUCCCAGUGGCACCGGAGGCACGGUCUUGGGUGAAGCUCCGGAUGUGUUAAGUAUGCUUGGAGCUGACAAACUGGGGCGGUUGCGGCGCCUACAGGAGAGGCUUGUGGCCCCUCAGAGCAGCGGGGGGCCCUGUCCGCCCCCCACCUUCCCUGGCUGUCAGGGAUUCUUCAGGGACUUCAUCCUGAGCGCCAGCAGCUUCCAGUUUAAUCAGCAUCUCAUGGACAGUCUGAGUUUAAAGAUCCGGGAGCUCAACAGCCUUGCCCUGCCACAGCCUGAGCCCAGUGACGAAGAUGGGGAGUCAGAUGUGGACUGGCAGGGUGAACGGAGGCAGUUUGCCAUGGUGCUGCUCAGCCUGAGGCUUCUGGCUAAAUUCCUGGGCUUUGUGGCUUUCCUGCCAUACCGGGGGCCUGAGCCACCCCCCACCCGUGAGCUCCAGGACUCCAUUCUGGCCCUGAGGAGCCAGGUGCCCCCGGCCCUGGAUGUGCGGGCGCUGUUGCAGCAGGGGCUGCGGGCCCGCCGAGCCGUGCUCACGGUGCCCUGGCUGGUGGAGUUCCUCUCCCUCGCUGACCACAUUGUGCCACUGCUGGACUAUUACCGCAGCAUCUUCACUCUCCUGCUCCACCUACAUCGGAGCUUGGUCUUGUCAAAGGAAAGCGAGGGGGAGAUGUGUUUCCUUAACAAGUUGCUGCUGCUUGCUGUUCUGGGCUGGCUUUUCCAGAUUCCCACAGUCCCUGAGGAUCUGUUCUUUCUGGAAGAGGGUCAGUUGGAUACUUUUGAGGUGGAUACAGUAACUUCAGAGCACGGGUUGGAUGGCAUGCCUGUGGUGGACCAGCACCUACUCUACACCUGCUGCCCCUAUAUUGGAGAGCUCCGAAAACUGCUCGCUUCGUGGGUGUCAGGCAGCAGUGGGCGGAGUGGAGGCUUUGUGAGGAAGAUCACUCCCACCACCACCACGGGUCUUGGAGCCCAGCCUCCCCGGACCACCCAGGGGCUGCAGGCACAGCUGGCCCAAGCCUUUUUCCACAACCAGCCACCUUCCCUGCGCAGGACUGUGGAAUUUGUGGCUGAAAGAAUCGGCUCUAACUGUGUCAAACACAUCAAGGCCACACUGGUGGCAGAUCUGGUACGCCAGGCUGAGUCGCUUCUUCAGGAGCAGCUGGUGACGCAGGGACAGGAAGGGGGUGAUCCAGCCCAGCUGUUGGAGAUCUUGUGUUCCCAGCUGUGCCCCCACGGGGCCCAGGCACUGACCCGGGGGCGGGAGUUCUGUCAGAAGAAGAGCCCUGGGGCAGUACGGGCACUGCUUCCCGAGGAGACCCCGGCAGCUGUUCUAAGCAGCGCAGAGAACAUUGCUGUGGGGCUUGCGACAGAGAAGGCCUGUGCCUGGUUGUCAGCCAACAUCACAGCACUGAUCAGGAGGGAGGUGAAGGCGGCAGUGAGUCGCACACUUCGAGCCCAGGGUCCUGAACCAGCUGCCCGGGGGGAGCGGAGGGGCUGCUCCCGAGCCUGUGAGCACCACGCUCCCCUCCCCUCCCACCUCAUCUCCGAGAUCAAAGAUGUGCUCGCUCUGGCUGUGGGGCCCCGGGACCCUGAGGAGGGAGUCUCUCCGGAGCAUCUGGAGCAGCUCCUGGGCCAGCUGGGCCAGACACUGCGGUGCCGCCAGUUCCUGUGCCCGCCUGCAGAGCAGCAUCUGGCAAAGUGCUCGGUGGAGUUAGCAUCCCUCCUUGUGGCAGACCAGAUCCCUGUCCUCGGGCCCCCGGUGCAGCACCGGCUGGAGAGAGGACAGGCUCGCAGGCUCCUGCACAUGCUGCUUUCCCUGUGGAAGGAUGACUUUCAGGUGCCGGUUCCACUGCAGCUGCUGCUGAGCCCAAGAAACCUGGGGCUUCUGGCAGACACUCGGCCAAGGGAGUGGGACCUGCUGCUGUUCUUGCUCCGGGAGCUGGUAGAGAAAGGGCUGAUGGGACGGACAGAGAUAGAGGCCUGCCUGGGCAGCCUCCAUGAUGCCCAGUGGCCAAAGGACUUCUCUGAAGAAUUAGCAACACUGUUCAACCCAUUUCUAGCUGAGCCUCACAUGCCAGAACCCCAGCUAAGAGCUUGUGAGCUGGUGCAAACAAACCGGGGGACUGUGCUGGCCCAGAGCUAGGGCUGGGGAGUGGCCCUGCCUCAGGUGUCUGACCAGAGCCCUGGAGCCCGGCCGGACUGUGCCUCAGGAGGAGGCCCCGUGCCCCCCCCUCGGAGUGCUCACCGCUGACCCUUGCUGACGCGGGAGCAGCUAAGUCUGUAAGUCAGGCUUCCUGCUCACAUGUGAAGGAAGCAUGUGGCUGCCGGCAUCCCACUGACGCUGACUGCAGGCUCACCGCCCGCGUCCUAGAGGAAGGAGGAGGGUUCACCAGAUUCAGGAUUGUGAUGGGAAAGCCUAGAGACAGACUCCAGUCCUGGAGCAGAAGAGUUGGCAUUUAUUAUUUGGGUUAUUAAAUGACGUGUGUGGGCUUGACACAGGACUUGAGCCCUAUUUGCUGCUACCCCAGCAUCCCUUAAAACUCUGUGGUUUGGAAAUCAUGACAGAGGCAAAUGGCUUCUGCUUAACUCGUGAGUAAAGUUAAAACAUGAAUCUUGGGGAGUGGACGUUUUCUUACCACCAGGAGCUAGGCUGCCUGCCAUCUCCUUAAAAAUGCACAGUACGUGAGGUGGGGCUGACCUGCCAGAAGCCCAGCUUUUACCCUGCACCUUCUCUGCCUUCAGCCCUGUGCAGGUACUAACUCUCAACCGUAACUCCAUACAGGGGCUACACACAGGGCAGAACAUUAGAGCUUUUUAAAAUAAACCAUUUUCUUUAUCAAGGGCUUCAUGUCUAGUUAUUUUCAUCUGGCUCUUCCCUUGAGAAGGCCGUAGUCUCAGGUGGGCUUGAAGGUGGGCACUGACAGGGCAGAGCAACCCUUGUGCUGGUUUGUUAGGGCUGGGGGUGUUGCAUUUGGCUCAGAACAAAAGCAUUCUGUGUGUCUCUAAGUUUGGACUAAAAAGCGCUACCUUGAUAACGUGCAUGAAGUUCACUCCUAUAAAAUGCAUUCCUUUUCU